UCCCGGAGGCGCGCGGCCAGGCCAGCUCCGGCCCGCGGCACACCAGGCAACCCGUCGCCCCAGCUAGCGGGGGCCGGGGCGGGAGCCGGGGCCGACGGCUGGGGGCGUCGCCCGCAAGAGUCUUUCUGCGGCCCCUGAGCUUUGAGGGCGAAACGAGACUGAUCGGGGCCGAAACCAUGAACCGGAGUUUUCACAAGUCUCAGACCCUGCGCUUCUACGACUGCAGCGCGGUGGAAGUCAAGAGCAAGUUUGGGGCUGAAUUCCGAAGAUUCUCCUUGAACCGCCACAAGCCUGGCAAGUUUGAAGAUUUCUACCAGCUGGUGGUGCACACCCACCACAUCUCCAGCACCGAGGUGACCAUCGGCUAUGCAGAUGUGCAUGGCGACCUGCUUCCCAUCAACAACGAUGACAACUUCUGCAAGGCCGUCUCCAGCGCCAACCCCCUGCUCAGGGUCUUCAUCCAGAAGCGAGAAGAGGCAGACCACUACAGCUUUGGGGCUGGCACCCUCUCCAGGAAGAAGAAGGUGCUGGUGACCCUGAGGGAGGAGGGUCUCCGCCGUCGUGCCCACCUUGACAUCAGCCUGCCCCAUGACUUUCGGCCCGUGUCCUCCAUCAUCGACGUGGACAUCCUCCCCGAGACGCACCGCCGCGUGAGGCUGUACAGACAUGGCUGCGAAAAGCCUCUGGGCUUCUACAUCCGAGACGGCACCAGCGUACGGGUCACCCCCCAUGGGCUGGAGAAGGUUCCAGGCAUCUUCAUUUCCCGCAUGGUCCCUGGGGGCCUGGCAGAGAGCACCGGACUGCUGGCAGUGAAUGACGAAGUCCUGGAGGUAAACGGGAUUGAGGUGGCGGGGAAGACGCUGGACCAGGUCACAGACAUGAUGAUUGCCAACAGCCACAACCUCAUCGUCACUGUCAAGCCCGCCAAUCAGAGGAACAAUGUCGUCCGCAGCAGCCGCACGUCCGGCAGCUCUGGCCAGUCCACGGACAGCACUGCCAGCCACCACAGCCUGCCAGUGGCCCACGUGCUGCAGAACUUCCACCCCGAUGAGAUGGAGAGCGACGAGGAAGCUGACAUCGUCAUUGAGGGCACCUUAGAGCCUCAGUGUGUCUCCAAGAUGCAGGGCACACCUUCAGGCAGCCUGUCUCGGGCCAAUGGCAGCAGCCUCGCACACAGGCUGCAGCGGGACCUGGCGCUGCACAGCCCGGGACGGGAGAGCAACGGCAGCAUCCACAGACUUCUCUGCUCCCUGAAGGCGGACCCCCGCCACAGCCUGGUCCUGCCGCAAGGCGGGGUGGAGGAGCACGGGCCAGCCGUCACGCUAUAGGCCCAGAGGCUGGGUGAGGCAAGUGCUGCCUGUCCCAUGCAGGGGCUGUGGGAGCCGGUGGCCCUGGGAGGCACUGUGAUUUCAGACGUGAAAUUCCUAGCAGGAAUAUGCUAAAAAUGUAUGCCAACUUAAAACGAGGACAGCUUGUGUCCCUUCCUCCUUGGUCACAGGCGUAGCCCUCUUCUCUGUGUCAGCUCAGCACUAUUUUAUAGAAUUUUGCCCCACAACUUAACAGACACAUGCACACCCCAGGCCAGGCCCCCAUGCAGGUUCCAGCCCUCUGAAAGAUCUGAAUACAGAAAUAAUUAGUUUUUAAAUUUCAAAAGUACUUCAUUUUUUUUUAAUUAAGCUUUUGAAGUUCAUGUUUUUUAACUCAGCUCACGUGAAGAUGCCCUUUAUGCUGCGCGGUUUCUGCUGACCUGCACAAGACUUCCCCAAGAGGACCGAGGGGCCAGGCCUGUGCCAGGUCCAGCAGCAGCAUUCACACCAGGCCAGACCCCCACGGGCAUGUGGGUCCCUACAGCAGUAGGCACCACCGUCUCAGGAAGCAGAGUGAAGGUGAGGCAGGCGCUGCCAGAGGUGACUGCGAGCUGCGUGCUCCCAACUUGUCCUUCGGGGAGGUUUUCGAGUGUUUCCUACAGAGGUGGUGGACAACGGGCCUCAGGCACCGGGACAGAGUUAUCUCUGCCCCCACAGCAGCCAGCUCUUCCUGUCAGUUGAUGAACACAUACUGACCUCCAUUCCUAACGUCAUGGUCAGAGGCAGGGGUUCUCUUGCUUUUGAGUCAUAUGAACAUAAUGGUUUUAACAAAUAUUAAA